AUGGCGGAUCUUGAAAAUAGGCUCGAAUUGUCGGGUAAGCCCAAACCCACCACCUUGUUCUUCAAUCGAUCGCUCAGCAUGUACCCUACCCCCAUGGAUGCUCCCAAGAAGCCCCAUUUCCAUGCUUCGAUCGAUCACCACACAAAUUCCUUCAAGAAAUUCUACAAUUCCAUCGAGACGGUGCGUUCCGCCAGCAGUUCCUUCAAAGGGAAGGUCAAGAAGCUCUGCAGUUUUUUCGAAUCGGAUAAACCUGGGUCGCGAAAUCCUGAUGAAUCGCAAUCCCUGAUGAAUGUCAAGCUCAGACCCUCGAAGUCAAUGGCGCCGUCGAAAUCCAUAGCGCCAGAUUUUCGGAUUCUGUCGAUUCGGUUGCCAGGCACGGAUGAUCGAAUUGUGGUGUAUUUCACGAGUUUGCGAGGGAUUCGGAGGACAUAUGAGGAUUGUUAUGCUGUGAGGAUGAUAUUCAAGGGGUUUGGGGUUUGGGUUGAUGAAAGAGAUAUAUCUAUGGAUUCGGCUUAUAGGAAAGAGUUGCAGAGCGUUUUGGGUGAGAAGAAUGUGAGUUUGCCACAAGUAUUUAUAAGGGGAAAGUAUGUGGGAGGUGCUGAGGUGAUCAAACAGCUGUUUGAGACUGGGGAAUUGGCAAAAAUUCUUCAAGGGAUUCCUAUUCGGAAACCCGGGUUUGUGUGUGAAGGUUGUGGGGAUGCGCGGUUCGUGCCCUGCAUGAAUUGCAGUGGGAGUAGGAAGGUAUUUGAUGAAGAUGAAGGGAUGCUCAAGAGGUGCUCUGAGUGCAAUGAAAAUGGUUUGAUUCGGUGUCGUGAUUGCAGCUCUUGA